AUGAAACAAUUCAUAAACUUAACUUUAUUUUUCGUCCUCAUUGCUGUCGCGGCAGCAUUGCAAACUGGUGAACAAUCGUUCGCUCACGGAUCAAACGUUUUGGAAAAAAGAACGGACACUAAAAAGUGCCCGUGCUCUUUCGCUGGAUCUAUUUUUGAUCCGUUUGUAAAGGAUGCCUCGUCAGGUUAUGCCAGAGGUUUUGUUAGUUAUGCUCAAGAUGAACAAGGUUGCACCAUCAUUUCUGGACAAUUCAGCAAAGGGUUCGAAGAUCAUAACGGUACCUUUCUUUUAGUCGAUGCUUGUGAUAACCUCCUUUUUGAUAUCUCAAAAGAAUUAGAUGUGAAAUUCACCGAGGAUGGUGGAACUCAAACCUUCAGCUAUAAGUUUGAUUAUAUUAAUUUAGAUUGUGAUAGCAAUGGUUUGCUUGUGGUAGAAUGUAAAGUCAAAUCUUAUUAUAGAAAACGUCAAAGUAGAAGUGGUUCUUCAAUGAAAGCUGGUAGUAGUUCUACUGCCUCGGUUAGAAGGUUGCCUUAA